AUGCGUUGUCUUGCUCCGAUUCUUGUCCUUUUUCUACUUGUCCCACUGGUCAAUGCACAAUACGGAGGAAUCUAUCCGGGAAUGUACGGCGGAUACGGAGGAUACGGUACGUACGGAGGACUCGGAACCUUAGGUGGACUCGGUGGAUAUGGAGGCCUCGGAACUCUCGGAGGCCUCGGCACUCUCGGUCAGUAUGGCGGACUCGGAGGUCUCGGCAUGUACAGUCCGUACUCGAAUUAUUGGUGCAAGUGAGUUUGUUAUUCGCACGGCGGCCUAAAAAACUGAAACACCGUAUCACCAUUUACACUUUUCGGUUCAAAAUUUGCUUUUUUUUGUCGAUAAGACGCGUAAAAAUUCACCUGCCGCUGAAACAAGGAACAGAAACGGCGGCUACAGUUUAAAGGCGCAUAGCUGCGCGCCGAAAAGUUUCGCCGCCACUCAAUUCUCUUGAAACAAAACACAUUUUUCAGCAACUACGGAUUGUACGGAAAAAAGAAGCGAUAA